CAGACACCUCGAUCGACAUCCCAGCAAUCGACAAGGGCUCGCCAAAAUGUCUCACUGCAAGUACGAGCACCCAAGGCACGGUCACACCGGUUUCUUGCCGCGCAAGCGUGCGGCUAGGCACCGCGGGAAGUGCAAGGCCUUCCCCAAGGAUGACGCCAAGAAGCCCGUGCAUCUGACUGCCAUGCUCGGCUACAAGGCAGGCAUGACCCACGUUGUCCGUGACCUCGACCGUCCCGGUUCAAAGAUGCACAAGCGUGAGAUCGUCGAGGCCGUGACCGUCAUCGAGACCCCUCCUAUGGUCGUUGUCGGUGUCGUCGGAUACGUCGAGACCCCCCGCGGUCUCCGUGCGCUCACCACCGUCUGGGCUGAGCACCUCUCGGACGAGGUUAAGCGUCGCUUCUACAAGAACUGGUACCGCAGCAAGAAGAAGGCUUUCACGAAGUACGUGAAGAAGCACUCGGAGAACGACGGCAAGUCCAUCAACCGCGAGCUCGAGCGGAUUCGCAAGUACUGCACCGUCGUCCGUGUUCUCGCCCACACUCAGAUCCGCAAGACUGGCCUCAAGCAGAAGAAGGCACACCUCAUGGAAAUUCAAGUCAACGGUGGCUCAAUCGCUGACAAGGUUGACUUUGCUAAGGAGCACUUCGAGAAGACCAUCGACACCAAGAGCGUCUUUGAGGAGAACGAGAUCAUCGAUGUCAUCGGUGUUACCAAGGGUCAUGGAUACUCCGGUGUCGUCUCAAGGUGGGGCGUCAAGAAGCUGCCGCGCAAGACGCACCGUGGUCUGAGGAAGAUUGCCUGCAUUGGUGCAUGGCACCCGGCGAACGUCCGUUUCACUGUUGCGCGUGCUGGUCAGCAAGGCUACCAUCACCGUACCGAGCUUAACAAGAAGAUUUACCGCAUUGCCAACGGCAGCGACGAGACUUCUGGCUCGACCGAGUUCGACACCACCAAAAAGACGAUCACCCCGAUGGGCGGCUUCCCGCACUACGGUAUCGUCAAGAACGACUUCGUCAUGAUCCUUGGCAGCUGCCCCGGUGUCAAGAAGCGCGUUCUCACCUUGCGCAAGUCUCUCACCACCCACACUUCCCGCAAGGCUCUCGAGCAGACCAGCCUCAAGUGGAUCGACACCAGCUCCAAGAUGGGCCACGGUCAAUUCCAGACUCGCUCGGAGGCCGACAGCUUCCUCGGUCCGCGCAAGCUCAAGGCGCAGGUUGUUUAGAUCGUCGACCCCGGCGGCUUGUAUUUUUCUUUGCCAUUCAUGUCAUGAAUGCACCCACGACGAUGCCAUGUACAGUCUACUCUCCGCCAAUGCACGCAUG